AUGGCCUCCAGACGAAGCACUAAGCGAUUUUUUACAUCUUACAGUACGAUAAAAGUCUUACUCCUACACACACACACACACACUCUCUCUCUCUCUCUCUCUCUAUCUAUCUAUCUAUCUAUCUAUCUAUCUGUCUAUCUAUUCAUCACUUUCUCUCUUUACAACACUAUUUUUACAUUCCCUCUACCAAUUUUCAUUCUCUCCCCCAACGGCCCUCCUCAAACUCUUCAUUUCUUCCAUUCAUUCUUCUGUCUUUCUUUUUUUCUUGUCCUUUUCUUUCUCUCUUUCUUUCUUUUCCUCGUUCACUUCCUUCUCUAUUUCGUUCUCUCUUUUUUUUCUCUCGGCUCCUUUCUUUCUCUCUUUUCUCUCCAUCCCUUUCUCUCUCUAUCUAUCUAUCUAUCUAUCUAUCUAUCUAUCUAUCUAUCUAUCUAUCUAUCUCUGUCCUUUUUCAUUCUUUUUUUGACCUCUCUCUCUUUACCUUUUCUGUCUUGUAUUUUAUUUGAAUUCUCUCUCUCUCUUUCUCUCUCUCUAUUUAACUUUUUUCUUUUUUGUCCUUUUAAAGUCCUUGAAAUUCAGAGGCUGAAAAAAUGUCGGUGGCACCUUUUAUUUACACACCGCUUACCAAAGUGCAUUUCUCGAAUUGGCUACAACAGGUUCCACAUGACUGAGGAAUGUCAUAAAGAAUAUGAUGACUUCAAGGAGUGUACAGCCAGAAUAAAGCAGACCGAUCGUUAUGUUGCCAUGCAAAAUGAAAGGAAAAAACAAGAUCGACCCUACAUGGAACGACCAGCUGACUACACUGCAAAAGUCUUUCGAUAA